AUGCCCAAUCCAGGAGGUGUCAGUUGUCUUCCAACCGUCUUUCGAACACGAAAGGCAACAUCAUCAUCAACCCUAAAGAUGGAGAAGGGAAUCUCUCUCCCGGUGGCCUACACGCCCACGCCAGCCCCGGCAUCCACCACCCGACGCAAGUCCCUCAAGACCGUCGCCAAAGCCCUCGCCCUCGGUCUUCCUUUCUACGCCCUCUACGCCUGGCACACCAACCAAGCAAUCAUUCCAUCUCUCUCCCGCGCAAAUGUCAACUUUGCCUCCCAAUGCGAGCAACCUUCCCCGCUCAAGCCCAGCCAAAAUGAGAAGCUCGACAAGGCCUACGACUUCCUCUCCACCGAGGCAUUUCUCAACGCCUCCAUCGCCCGCCUCUCGGGCGCCGUGCGCGUCAAAUCCGAGUCCUUCGACGAUCUGGGCGCCGUCGGCGAAGACCCCCGCUGGGACGUCUUCUACGACUUUGCCUCCUACCUCAAAAAGACCUUUCCCUUGAUCCACUCCAAGCUGCAAGUCGACAAGGUCAACACCCACGGCCUGCUCUACACCUGGGAAGGGUCCAACAAGGACCUCAAGCCGACCUUGCUCAUGGCCCACCAGGACACCGUCCCCGUGCCGCCCGAGACGAUCCCCGCCUGGACUUACCCGCCUUGGUCCGGCGAGUACGACGGCAAGUACAUCUGGGGUCGCGGCGCCGGGGAUUGCAAGAACCAGUUGAUCGCCAUCAUGGAGACGGUCGAGCUCCUGCUGGAAGCCGGGUGGGAGCCCAAACGCACCAUUUUGCUGUCUUUUGGUUUCGACGAGGAGUGUUCCGGUCGACAGGGCGCCGCUCAUCUGUCCAAGUUCAUCGAAGAGCGUUACGGGAAGGACGCGCUGGCUGUGAUUGUCGACGAGGGCGCCGGCUUCGAAAAGACGUGGGGCACCCUCUUCGCCAAACCGGGAACUGCCGAAAAGGGGUAUACAGACGUUUACAUCACGGUGCGCAUGCCGGGCGGCCACUCGUCUAUCCCCUCGGACCACACCAGCAUUGGCGUUUUGAGCGAGCUCAUUACGCGCAUCGAAGCAGAGCAGUACCGCACCCAUCUGGAAGAGGAAAACCCGUACUUCACCCAGUUACAAUGCGGCGCAGCGCACUCACCUCAGUUCUCACACAAGCUAAAGAAACUGCUUGCCCAUCGGAAGCGCCACUCUUCUUCUUCCUCCUCCUCUUUUUCUUCUUCUUCUGCAGAAACCUGCAAAACAAAAGACUACCUAGCCCUCGAAGCCGCGCGCGAAGGCGGCCCCGCCAUCAAAUACCUAAUGCAAACCUCUCAAGCAGUCGACGUGAUCACGGGCGGCAUCAAAACCAACGCUCUUCCCGAACGUGUCCGCGCAACAGUCAACCACCGCAUCAACAUAGGCGAAACCCCCCAAGUCGUUUACGACCGUCUUACCAACCUCGCCGCGCACGUCGCCAAGAGACACGGCCUUUCCCUCCACGCUUUUGAUUCUUCCCCCUCCUCUGCCUCCUCCUCCUCCUCCUCCUCCUCUUUUGGUUCUGAUUCCACAGACCUGGAGGUGGAACCAGCCAAUUCCAUCAUCCUCUCCAAAUCCUCGCACGAACUCCUCGUCGCACCCAUCACCCCUUCCUCUUUUUCUCCAGGUCACCAAACCCCCUUUGGGGUAUUAGCAGGAACCACCCGCGCUCUCUACGGUGAACAAGUCAUUGUCACCCCGGGAAUCAUGACGGGAAAUACAGACACCAGAUAUUACUGGGACUUGACGAGACAUAUCUUUCGGUGGGGACCGGGGUAUGAUCCGUCGGAUGACGAUGCUGGACUGGGUAAUAUCCAUACGGUCAAUGAGCGGGUCAGUGUGAGGGCGCAUGUCAAUGGUGUGAAGUGGUUUUGGAUGUUUUUGAGGAAUAUGGAUGAGGUGGAGGUUGAUGGGGAGUGA